AUGAGUUACGAUAACGAGAAACUCACCCUGUACAUUCACUACGGAGGUUUAUUGUCGAAGAAAGGGAAGAAUAUAUGUUAUAAAGGUGGUUCGACUGCACCAAAUAUGCUGGUAGAUCCAGAUUCGCUUACAUUCUCAAUUUUUGAAGAUUUCACAAAUAAUCCAGAAACUGUUAGCAAUGUGGAGAAGGAUAAGGAUAACGAGAUUAUGAAGAUGGCUGUAGAGGCAAAAGAUUGUGGAGAGGUUUACAUCUACGUUGAACAUAGUGUUUCUCCACCAAAUGUAAUUAAUGAUGCGAAUUUGGUGACUGGAGCAUGUUUGGAUGAUGGUGAAAAGGCUGAUGAUGAAGGCGAUAGUGAGGAAGAUGACAUAGAUGAAGAAGAAAGUGGUGGUGAAAACAGAGAGGAAGAAAAUGAUGAAGAAGAGAGAGAUGAAGAAUGUCAAAAAGAAGACCUAGAGGAAGAAGGAGCUGAGGAUGAGAAUCAGAUAUUACUUGAAGGAGCUGCUGAUACACGGUUUGCAGAUUUGUUUGCAGAAGCUGAACAACAGACUACUACAGUUCAUGGUGUGGCUACUCAGCCUAAUGUAGAUGAUGAAAAUGGAUAUGAUAGUUAA